AACACACUUUCACUUUCAUUCCAAAUUUGAGCAGAAACAACAGAGUUACCUCACAAAUGAAGAAUGAAGUAAUCAUUACAUAAAUCGCAUAUUAUGAGUUCAGUAUCAUUAUGAAUUAAGUGUGUAAUGGCUAGUCGAUCAAUAUGUAUAUUAAAGCGAAAUUUACUUACUUUUUCUCAUGAUUACGUGAGAAGAAAAUGUAGCAACAAUAGUUAUGUCAGAUGUAUUUGCUUGAAAGCUGUCCAAAAUGUAGGAAAUGUGAAAGUGUCUAACUGCCAUUUUACUGGUUAUGGUGUUAAUACAAAUAGACAUUUGUUUACAUUCCCUAAUCCUCUUGGUAGUAGUAAGCGCAAGGAAUAUUCUGAAAAAAGAGUCCUAGGAUAUUCCAUGGAACAAUUAUAUGAAGUAGUCUCAGAGGUGGAGCAUUAUAAAGAUUUUUUACCUUGGUGUAACCGGUCAGUAGUAACCAAACGUAGACCUGGUCAUUUAAAAGCAGAUUUGGAAAUUGGCUUUCCACCUCUUGUUGAACGCUAUACUUCAUCAGUAACACUUGCCAAACCCCAUUUAGUAAAAGCUUGUUGUACAGAUGGGCGUUUAUUCAAUCAUUUAGAAACAGUCUGGCAUAUCAAACCUGGCCCUCCUCAAUAUCCUAAUUCAUGCACAUUAUACUUUUAUGUUUCCUUUGAGUUCCGCUCUUUACUACAUUCUCAGCUGUCACAUGUUUUUUUCAAUGAGGUUGUUCGAAAAAUGGUCAAUGCAUUUCUUGCGCGAGCUGAACAAUUACACGGAAAACCUGCUAAAAUUAAAUUGAAACCCAGCCCUCUAUGAAGUAUAUCUUAGCUUCAAAAUUUAAAUUAUGAAUAUUUAUUUAUCUUUUUAGUGAAAUGUUAGAAAUAUUUUGACUUUUGAGUAUUUGGUUAUUUAUUGAAAUAAAAUAUUCAAACAUGA